AGUCGUCGUGUGAUCUUUGAGCAUUCUAUUCUCCACUGAGAGGAGGAGGAGUAAUAAAGCUCUCAAAACCAGGCGUGGUUUUGGUUACUCUGAAAGCGGGAGUUCCCGUAGUUGCAUUUCAUUGAGGCCAGAAGUUAAGGGUUGAAACUGUGCACACCAUCAUGGAUAUCAUAGACCCAAUCCUGAGCAUAGCAGAAAAGUUGUAUGACCUUUGUAGUGAGGUGAAAGCCAACAAGAAGCGCUGUAAGCGUCUGGCUGAUCGGGUGUCCUCACUGGUAGAACUGGUUAAAGUCGUGAGGAACAAGGGUUUUGGCAAAAAUCCAGAUAUUGUACAGCGAGGCUUGCGAGAACUUAAGUUUACUUUGGAGUCGGCUGAAGAAGUUGUGAAGAAAUACACCUCAUCCAGCUGCCUGAAACGCAUUGUGAGGGUAUCUGAUCUUGGUGAGGAGUUUGGGAGCUUAAACGAGCGCCUGAACGAUGCGGCACAGCUGCUGUUGCUGGCCCUGCAGGUGGAGCAGAGAGACAAGAUGGAUAGAGUGUUCAAAGAGGACAAGAGGAGAAAAGAGGAUGAAGAAGACAGAAGACACGACUAUGCAGAGCUUCUGAAUUUGCUUCAGUCUUUGGCUGAUGAGAAGGAGAAAACUAAAGUGAGUGUGGAUGCUGUGCAUGUGAAAGUCGAACAGACUCAGAAAGACGUUCAGGACAUUAAAGGCAUACUGGAAUCAUUGAGAAGACCCAGCCUUCAAUUGCAGGACAUUAGAGAGAUCAGACCUGAGGAGCUGACCUAUGACAUUCCCAUUAAGCCAAUCAUGAAGACUGACAGUUCUGAACUGUUCAAAGGAGAGUAUAACAAGUUCACUGUGGCUAUCAAGAAAUAUGCAUAUCCAGUGAGCACCAGCCCAAAUCAACUGAGGAGCAUUUUUAACAAGGAAGUCGAGACUAUGAAACGUUUCGAGUCACCCCACAUAUUGAGGAUGUUUGGGAUCUGUGUUCAGAAUGAGAAAGGGCCAAAUCCAACCUACCUUAUAGUAAUGGAGUUCUGUGAGAAGGGCAAUCUGAGGCAUGUGCUUGACGGUCCCAGCAAACUACCAUGGGAGAGAAAAAUUCACAUGUGUCUAGAUGCAGCGCAAGGACUAUACAGGCUGCAUCAGUCAGAGGAGAAAUUUAAGGUGCAUGGCUGCCUCACUAGCAGCAAGUUUCUAGUGGGAGCUGGCUACAGAAUAAAGCUUGGUGGAUUUGAGUUGGCAAUGACAGAAACAUCCCUAAAGCAUAGUAAGAAGAAGAAGAACAGCUCGAUGGCAUACAUUUCUCCACAAGAACUAGAAGACAUACACCAUCUGUAUGACAAACCCUGUGAGAUCUACAGUUUCGGCAUUGUCCUGUGGGAGAUAGCAACACGGGAAAUCCCCUUUAAAGAUUGCACCUCUUAUCCUAUCAUCUACAAGAAGGUGUUUGUGGAGAAGACGAUGGAGCCGCUGCCAACUGAUUGUCCCAGUCAGCUCCGGGAGCUGAUUAACGCCUGCCGUUCGUUUGAUGCGUUCCAGAGGCCUUCUGCUGGAGUGUUGGUGGACAAGCUGCAGAAACUAGCACAGCAGAAUGAAGAGGACUAAAGCCAAAGCACAGCCACAUCUUGGCUCAACAGAUGAAGUCGCAUGUGUACAGUUUUGAUACAGAGCAUAAGAUGCUCUAAAUUAGAUAUAUUUUUUCCUGGACUCGUUAGCAUUAAAUGUUCCUGAUAGCACAUUUAAUUUAUACUGAAAAAUGUGAAAAAACCUACACUAAAUAAAUGUAAAGACUGAUGGCA